UAUAAAUCGCCAUAUAAGAAGCACAAUCCCUAAUGUUACGAAGGCGCUGAGAUGGAGGAAGAAGACGGCGAGGAGGAAAUCAUCUUUGACGAUUCAUUGUUCAUCAAUCGAGACUAUGAGCUCACCACUUUCAAUUUCGGCGAUUCUGUUCUUCAGCUCUUCUGUCUUCCCUCCGCUUCCACUGAUUACGAUCUGACGGGGCAGUUGGUGUGGCCAGGUGCGGUGCUGCUGAACAAUUAUCUUUCAGAAAAUUCAAAACUGCUUGAAGGGAUUUCCGUAAUUGAAUUAGGUUCUGGAGUCGGGAUUACGGGGAUUCUGUGCAGCAGAUUUUGCAAGGAGGUCGUGUUAACUGAUCAUAAUGACGAGGUUUUGGAGAUCCUGAAGCAGAAUAUAAAACUGGAAUCAUCUUCCGGAAACCUGAUUUCUUCUGGAUUAAGUGCUGAGAAGCUUGAAUGGGGAAAUUGUGAUGAGAUGGGCCAGAUUUUGCAAAAAUACCCCAAGGGAUUUGAUCUAAUUCUGGGAGCAGAUAUUUGCUUUCAACAGUCUAGUGUUCCCCUACUUUUUAGAACUGUGGAGGUUCUUCUUCGUUCUAGGGCGGGUGAUUGCAAAUUCAUACUAGCUUAUGUUUCUCGGGCUAAGAUAAUGGAUGACAUGGUUAUUAAUGAAGCAGUUAAGCUUGGAAUGGAAGUGAAUGAAGUAAGAGGCACCAGAUGCAUAAUUUCCAAUCUUGAAGGGGUCAUAUAUGAAAUUAUCCUUCCCAAAUAAUACCAUAUAUGUCAUUGAUUGAUGCGCUGGACAAAGUUCUAAAAGUUAUAUACCUGAAUAUUAUAUGACAAAACAAAUAAUUAAAUGCAAAUGCAUUCUGGCAA